AACUUGUGUUGUUACAUCAAGCGACAAACCGAACAGAACGCUGCUUCUCAAGAUGUGCCUCUUGUUCACUUUAAUAACCUGUUUUGUCAUCACCGCCGGUGCUGUGAGUGAUAAUGAGAUAGUAAAGGUGAACAGAGGAGAAAGCUUCCCCCUCUUCGUCCGAGCAUCUGAGCCGAAGAUAGUGAGUCUACGAAAGAUACACAGAAACGGGACCCAAGAGGUCUUUCGCUACUGUUCCAGCGAAGAGCAAAAGCAUGGAUGCAAACCAGUCACCUCGGGAAGAUUUUCACACAGCACUGAUGAAGAGGACUUCUCCGUAACUGUAUUUGCUGCCAGCACCAGCGACGCAGGAGUUUACCGUCUCGAAGUGAUCGAUGCCAAAAACAGAAGUAUCCAGCAGAAGUUCACCGUUGCAUUGACCGAGCAACUGCCCAGUACCAUUAACCCUGAACCUCCAUCCACCCAUCCACUUUCCACACCUGCUGUAUCCACCAAAGGCAAAGAGACACUUGGGACAAAUGGCCCAAAUACCACAGUCAGCACCGAACAAAAUAGCAAAAUAACAUGGUGCAUCAUAGGGGGCCUCUCAGGAGUCAUUACAGGGGCCAUUGUUGUCACUGGUAUCAUCUGCUAUAGAAAGAGGAAGAAAAAUAAUCAUAUUGCUGAUGAUGACACAGAGGAUCCGGGGGAAGGCACUCAUCUCAACUCAAACACCAAUGGAGCAGGUGAACCAGCCACAGAUGAAUCCUUAGAGAUUGUGAUUGACACAAACUUAUCAGUGGACAAUGAAGAAGGACCUGAACUUGGAGCUUGA